AUGAGUGCUCAUGAUGGGGGACAUCUGGCUGCUUCACAUCCAUCUGAGGCCACUCCGCUUUUGCGAGAAGAAACAAUCCGAGAAAGCACACAAUGCCGAAGCGUGGUCACCGAAGAUGUUGAAGCAGGCUCAUCGAGCUCAGGUGAUUUCAACGAGGUGACUACACUCGGUCUCACUCGGGUCAGUUCGCUCUCCGGGUUGGACAUUGAACCGAAUCUAGAGAGAUUGGUGUCGAACACAUCCACCAAUGACGCCUGCGAGGAUCUAGACGACAGCUACGCGGCGCGAUUCAUUGAUGUAUCCCCCACCAGGUUUUGGCUGAUCUUCUCUGGCGUAUUGAUGGGUUACCUGAUCGGCUUUUUUGACUCGACUCUCAUGGCCUCCAGCCACCCUGUCAUCACAUCGUAUUUCCAUUCAGCUAAUGCUGCAUCGUGGUUGUCGACUGCAUUCUUACUCACAUCUACGGCUUUCUUGCCUCUAUUCGGGCGCGUUUCUGAUGCAUUUGGUCGGAAGCCGGUUUACCUCUUCUCUAUAGCCAUGUUCUUCCUCACAACGGCAUGGUGUGGUCUCGCCCAGAGCAUCGGUAGCUUUAUCGCUGCCCGGGCGCUGUGCGGAAUGGGUGCGGGUGGUGUUUUCUCGAUGGGUCAGAUCGUAUCUAGUGAUCUGGUGCGCAUCGAGUAUCGCGGUACCUAUCAGUCAUAUCUUAAUCUCUGCCUCGGCAUUGGCAGUUGCUUAGGCCUUGCGUUCGGUGGUCUUCUUUGCGAUCAGAUUGGUUGGAGAGGAGCUUUCCUCAUUCAACUGCCCUUUAUCCUUAUUCUGUUCAUCACUGCAUCCAGCACGAUCCCACCGGGUCUUGGAAUAAAGCGGGUAGGGUCUGAGCGCAUGAGUGUCUUGCGUCUAAUCCGAAGUGUCGACUUGACUGGCUCAUUGUUUUUGAUUCUGGCGGUCACGGCUUUGAUUAUGGGAUUGAAUUUGGGUGGAAAUGUCUUCCCCUGGACUCACCCUCUGGUCAUCGGCUCCUUGGUCGCAUCGGUCAUUUUAUCAAUUGUGCUCGUGCGAUACGAGAGAAACAUCCCCCGGGCAGUUUUGCCGAUUAAACUGCUUUCAAAGAAUCCUCGCGCCAGCAUCAUCUUCGGCAACUUUUUCGGGUCCAUGUCCGUAAAUACGAUGAUGUUCAACGCCCCAUUGUAUUUCCAGGCUGUGAAACUCUCCAGUCCAACUGACUCCGGCUUGCGGCUUGUGGCAGCUUCAAUCGCGGUUACUGCAUCUAGUGUCGGAACCGGUUUCCUGAUUACAUGGUCCAAACGGCUGAAGCCCACGAUUAUUAUCGGUGGUGUUUGCAUGUUGCUUGGAGGGUGUGCCGCAGCCACGAUGGGCGUUCACACAGCCCCAGCAGUUGCGAUGCUCUGUGUUUCCUUUUCAAGUCUUGGACAAGGCUUCGCGUUCCCUUCUUUGAUGGUCUCGAUUCUCGCUACAAGUGAACAAGAUGAUCAAGCCGUGGCAACUACGACGCUAGGUCUAGCCCGUAAUCUGGGUUCUGUGAUGGGUGUGGCUAUCAGUAGCUGGAUUUUCCAAAAUUCGCUUGUCUAUCAACUUAACCAGAAAGUAACUGGCGCUGAGAAGGGGCGUAUCAUUGGUCUUGUUCGCAAGUCGAUUCGUGCUAUUGGUGAUCUUGAUAUGAAUCAUCGACAAGAAGGUUCGUUAUAUCAAUGA